AUGAUUCAGCUGCUGGACCGAGUAUUGAGCUUCAUCAACUACUGGUGGUUUCGGUAUUUGAUGAUAACGGAGCUGUACAUGGUGGAAAGUUGGGAACGCGUCACGAUACAUGUGUUUCUCUUCGUAAUAUUCCUCGUCCAAUGGUAUUUCAACUGCAAGGUGGUGCUUCCCUUUACCGGGAACCUGUUAGGCAUUCAACCGGUGGAUCAGCAGAUCGUCUCGCCGUUACCGCGCUCUUGA